GAGACGAAGAUCUCCUCGGGACCCCUAAAAACAACUGUUUUAGCUAGAUUAUUUAGGUCGAAAGCGCAAUGAAUGUGUUUCGAAGUAUCUCUUAGGCUAAAGUUUAAUGUAAUGUCGACUUUAGAGUGGGGAUGUUGCUGAAAGUUAGCUGUCUCUGCUAGGCGCCAGAUCGGGUCGUUGUAUGAGAAAAGCACACCAUUUGUUUAGAAAAUGUCAAGACGCAGUAGUCGCAACACAUUACAAGAAAGAAAUGAAAAUGCACCUGAACAAAAUAAACCACAGAGGAAAAGAAAAAGCGAGCAGUGCAAUAGAAGAAUCCCGUCAGCAGCUAAGAAACAACACUAUGAAAUCCAGAACCGGUGUUUUGAAGGUGAUAUUAGUCCCAGUGUCUUAAUCGAGACUCCUCAGAAGGAGGUUCAUCAGGAGACCGGUAAUCUUUCUGGUUUCAAGUGCUUCAGAUUCAAGAACCUCUUUGUGAAACCCUCUCCGCUGCCAUGCCUCAGUUGGGCCAGCUCAGAUGAUGUGUGGAUAAAGAUGCUGAACAAGGAGCUCAAGUAUGUACAUGACAAGGGCUUCAUCCAACAACAUCCAACCCUGCAGCCCAAAAUGAGGUCCAUUCUGCUGGACUGGCUCAUGGAGGUCAGUGAAGUUUAUACUCUCCACCGGGAGACAUUUUACUUGGCUCAGGACAUCUUUGAUCGCUUCAUGCUCACUCAAAAAGACAUUGGCAAAGAUCACCUGCAGUUCAUCGGCAUAACAUCACUCUUCAUAGCCUCAAAGAUAGAGGAGAUUUACCCGCCAAAGCUCCAGGAGUUUGCUUAUGUGACGGAUGGGGCCUGCAAUGAGGACGAGAUUCUUGCUAAAGAGCUUGUGAUGUUGAAAGCAUUAAAGUGGGAGCUCUGUCCUGAGACCGUCAUCUCAUGGUUGAAGCUCUACUCCCAAGUGGACUCUUUGAAGGACGAUGCUAAUUUCCUCAUUCCUCAGUUCUCGCAGGAAACCUACAUCCAAAUCACACAGUUGUUGGAUCUCUGCAUUUUGGACAUUCAUUGUUUGGAUUACCAGUAUGGAGUCCUCGCUGCUGCUGCGUUUUGUCACUUUACUUCCUUUGAAACGGUCCAUAAAGUAUCAGGACUCACAUGGGACAGUGUAUCAAGCUGUGUGCGGUGGAUGAACCCGUUUGCACGGGCCGUACGUGAAUGGCCCAGACCACAGCUGAAGGACUUCAAAAAGGUGGCGGCAGAAGCUCGACACAACAUACAGACCCACGUGGACUAUCUGACCAUGCUGAGUGAAGCACAUGAUCGGCAGCAGGACAGCUUGGACCGGAUGUCUCCAUUGGCUGUAGCCGGAAUAUUGACCCCCCCUAAAAGCACUGAGAAACCUGCAAAUGCCUGAUGGGCUUGAGAAGAACCUGGCAUAGCUAGUCUUCAUUUAAUGCAGUCACAGCCCAGAGAUGUGAGAGACCUUCCAGACCAACACAUCCAGAGACUUGGAGUUGUGUGCGGUAUUGAAUCCAGGUUGAGAUGCUGUAACCUUCAGAUGUUCAGGUGUGAAAUUGAGGGAGAACCUAAGUUUGGUUUCCCAAAGCAGUAUUUGAAGCACUCAAAAGUGCCUUCCAUCAAAGAAAUGGAUUCAUAUCCAUUUUCUGAAGCUAGAAAUGAAACAUUAAUGAUCUCCGACUGAAACUGCUUAAGAGCUUCUGGCCAUGUUGCCAGCUCCGAGGUCUGCACAAAUGCUGCUGCUUCAUGGAUCAUAUGUUACUGUUUUAUGUUAUGUAAAUACAAUUUAAUUUUAUUAUGUGUGUGUGUGUGCGUGAAAACGUAUGAUGUGAAACGUAUGUUCUUAAUUUUGGCAUCAGUGUGGUCGGAUGCCAACCCAGUGGUGCAAACUCCGCUAAACAGGACGACCCUGCACAACGAGCAGAAUCGGUUAUUGGCUUAUUUCCUUAAACCUUUACAUCAUUGUGAAUGUCAUUCCCUUGUUUUCAUUCUCCUGCGACAGAAGAUAUUCCUGUAAGACUUGACUGUUUUCACACCUCAGAAGUGAGUUUACCAAACUGAAUUUAAGCAAACUGCAUAUUUAUUUCAUAUAGAUUUGUCUUUGUAAUUGAAUUGCAAUUUUGUUCCUCGAUGCCAAAGGCAUAUUUAAUAAUUUGAGGUGCUUGCUAUUUAUGAAUUCAA